UGUGUUACUCACAAAGAGCCCCGCCGUUUUUUGUCACGGCCAAUUAUUUCUCUUCUCUUUUUAUUUCCAUCGAGCAUGGUGUGCUGGCAGUUGUGUACAGCAUCGGUAGCAAAAUGUCCAGAGGGAUGAAACGGUGCAUCCCGAAAGCAGCUGAGCCUCUUUCGAUGGUGACGCCUAUGUUUCUUCUGAAACACCGCUAGGAGAUAAUAGCGUACGGGUACAGUCUCCAAAAAGAGUAUUUCUGAUUUGACACAGAACCUUUCCGAGUAAUACUGCGCAGUACUUCGAUUCAGUGAAGCAAUAUCAAUAAAGAAUGUUUCAACAAAGGGAGGAAUGCGAAAUUUGAGCGCUUUUCUUUAAACUGCUCGCCCCUUUCCCUCGCGUUCUUUUCUCAUCUGACUCAUCGUCUGACUUGUGAUUCAUUCAAGUGUCGACAAACACAAUUGUGUGUUGUUUGUGAACGAUAAUGUGCGUGCCGUUGACGUAAACACCAAAGAGAUUCAAUGGCGAUAUCGAUUUUACCAAAAAUAGACCGCAGUUUCGGGUUUCUUUUUGAUGACGUCCGCGAUUGUGAGCCUCCACUGUAAUUUUGCGCAGGAGGAAUGCUCAACUUAUUGCGCGAAUAAAGAAAAUAAUGAACUCUCAACUUUAUCGAUUCCCAAUAGUUGGCGGUUAAAUUUCGGCGAUUACUGUAACGCGUGAUUACUAUAAUCUAAGUCAAUUUUGAUAAACAGUGUCAUAUCAUACGUUAGUGUGCAACGUGAGGAUUAAUUGAUGUUUGGCAAUAUCGAUCUCACCUAAUUCUAUUUAUAUCCACAUUGUAAUAUCUCGAAUGGCAAUUCGCGACUAUUUGUUUAAGUAGCAAGAAUUAAAAAACAAUAUCGAAAAGAAUCCCAAGUCUCGUGAUUUACGGAGAUAAAAUAGCUUUUGAAAAUCGCCCUGAACUUGACAUUAAUCUCGCGCAAAAAGAAUUGCAAGGAAUACAUUUGCAGUUCAAAUCACAGUAACAUGCGCGUCUAUCACCGCGUUCGUAAUUUUCGAUGCUCGACACGGCGUCGUUUUGCAUACUCCGGAAACGACAGAGUCAAAGAUCGGCCGCCGCUGUCGCGGCAUCCUUUCGUGACGUGUUACACAAAAAUCGCAAUGUCAAGUUAUAAAUUGCAUUCAACACAUACAAAAUCAGCUAAUGGAAUGGGACAAACCUAUUCUAUAUAUUUAAAAAAAUAGUGUAAGUAUUGUUUAAUCAAUAAUAUUGACCGAGUGUGAAAUUCGCGUUAAUGUGUCAACUUCGAGAUAGUGCCAGGCGUUCGUGUCGUCUCUUUUCGCAUCAAAACGCGAGAAUAACAGCGUGAUGCUAAUCCUUCCUCGGUGUUAAGCUCGUUUUAUACCGCCUGUAAUAUACAAAACAUUUGCAGCAGAAUUAUACUUCCCAAAGAGAGCGUAUUUCCGAAUUCUAUAAAUCGUAAAUAUUUCAAAACUAUAAUUUGUAAUAUGCCAUUGAAUUAAAAUUAUAAUUUACCGAUAUUCAUUGCAUAUCUGGCUUUCGCUUCAGUUUUCGUCAUAGAAACGGAACGUUUUAAACAUUUGAUAAAAUUUUGCAGUAUUAUGUACACAUUAUACGAUGUGUGCGCGAUUCUCUAGGGAUAGAAGCCUGUUGCAGUUCCGGAUCGUAUAAAGCGGGCUUUACACUGUGAGCUUUUCGGAGGAAGACAGCGCGCUCGUUCUCCGGCAAACGAGUAUGCAAAGGAGAAAGAGAAAAUAAGAGAAAGAGCGAGAGAGAAGGUUGGAGGGUCGCCGCGCCUCCUACCUUCGGGGUCCGCGUAUCCUCGGCUCGGCACUGAGCAACGACGAGCCGAGGAGCGCGGGCUGCCUUGCCUUGCUUGCUUGCCUGGCCCGCGCGGUGGUAUGGCUGCUGCGGCGAUGGUGCCGUGUCAGUGAUGGUGGUGGUGGUGGUGGUGGUAGGGAAUUACGGGGAACGUGCUUUUAGGCGAGGACGAGCGCCCGUAGUAGUGUCCGAGCCACGAGGCGAGCAGGUUUGUACCUGUGUGGAGGUCUCAGUACCUCGCGUCCGACCGUCGUUGCGCUUCGUUGCGCGAGCGACAAAAACGAAGUCCUAUCAACGGUGCCGCGGUGAAUUCCCCGAGUGAAUGCCGUGAGGACUGUCGGAUUCGCUCGGUCGCUCGUUUACGCCGUUGGGCUCGCUCGGCCAGGCUCCGCCACGAGCACGUGUGUGCAGUGUGUUGUAUUGCGACGGCGGCGACAACGGCGGCGGCGACGGCGGCGGUCCUGUGUACGCGCGUACAGUGUGUACGAGCGCUCGUAUGGAAUUUCAAUAGUGUGUACGACCCGAGUGCGCAUUGGUGUUCCUCGUAUUGUUUUCUGAUCGCCGCCGACUGACAGAUCGACCGCGAUGUGGGGAGGAUCGUUGAUGGAAAAGCUACGCCUAACCGGAAGUACCUGAAAAGAACGCGCGCAUUCAGGACGACAAAUCGGCAAAUUGCAGAAGAAAUACAAAGUGUUCGCCGCUACCGUGGUUCAAGAGCGAGCAAUAAAGUGCGGAGGAAAAGGAAUCGCGGCGAUCGCAAGCACGCACGCACGCAUGAAGAUCCCAUGGCUACCGGAUUGGUAAAGUGGUGGCGAGCAAGGUUUCUCGCUGGCUACAGACCCUUUUCUGUUGUAGGGACUAAUACGGAAGGUAGCGAUUCCGAGGAGUUGCUGACGGGCGUACCGACAGCUUGCAACAUCUCUUCUCCGCCGACGACGGAACAGCCGAUUUUAAUUCCCCCCGCGGAGCCGCCGCAGGUCGCGGUUGAUGGUUCAAGCGUACCUGCAGCACCAGCCGGUAAUGAUGAACAGCCUACUUGCGGUACAACGAAACAACUUAGUUUCGAGGAAUUCGAAUGCGACGUAUCGGUCGCGGAAGGUGAUAAGAGACGGCAGGAGUUCUCCUUCACUCUGUACGACUUCGACGGCCAUGGCAAGAUUACGAAGGACGACAUAGCCGGUUUAGUGACGACCAUCUAUGACACGCUAGGCGCCUCGAUACAAGUGCCGCCGUGUGGUAGUAAGACAAUUAAAGUGAAAUUGACGGUGUCGCCGGAUCAGCGGGCGAGCAGCAGCAGCAGCCAGGCACAGCGGAACGCUACCAGCACCUGUUUAAAUGCCACGCAAACGCCGCAGAUCACGACGUUACCCGGCCAUCAUCACAAUGCGUCGUCCUGUUGCCAUUUGAAGCACGCCGCCCCGUGCAAUCAUGCAGCAGCCGCCGCCGCCGCCGCCGCCGCCACGCAUGCCACCGCUCGGCACGGCGCGAGCAGAGUUCCCAGAAGGAGAAGAACGCCGCGGUAUCGUUGUCAGGCUGAGCGGAAGGAAGUGGAGACUCACAGCGAGGACGAUGACGAGAAUGUCCGAACAAAUCGAGUACAGCAGGAAGAGCUGCGUAGAAGAGUCGGUCCAGUGCCCCAUUUACCAUCCCCUUAUUCAAAUAGCUCGGAGGGUGAUGUAAGCGACGAUAGUGACACGUCUCCCGCAUUUUCGCCAUUAACGCCACUUCUUACAGUGAAUCAGAGAAAGCGCAGCGGCGCCUUGCAAAGGCAACAACUCCUGGAAAUUAUUCAGGCUAACAUGGAAAAGAAUAAUCUCAGUUUUCACACAUCAAGAAAACGACAUCAAAACGAACAAACACCGCGCAUUCCAUCUCACAGUCCGAAUUUAAAAACCUCGAAUCAUAAUCAAGACUGCCAAGCAUCUCCGGAGUCUCGUCAAACGGCUCCGACUUAUCACAAGCCCGUUCGUGAGAGCACCCAUCAUUCCGUGGCAUUUCCCAAAACGCCGGCCAAAUCGCGGGCGGCGAAUCUUAGGAAGACGCGGCACACGACACCGAGGAACAACGCGACGCAUCCCUCUUCCCAAGCCUACACGACGUAUCCCCAGAUGCUGAAUCGUAACGUGAUCGCGCCGACGACGGCUUACACGGACACAUCGCAACAUAAUACCAACAUUAACAAUACUCAUCGUAAUAUCGUCAACCUCGUGCCUAACAAUCAGCAAACGGCGGCCAACCAGACAAUCAUCAACAAUCACAGUAAUGUGCAGCGCAAUGACGCGCAAUUCGUCCAGUCGCAGCAGAGCGGUAGAACAACCAAGAAGCAUCAGUUGAAGCACGCGACACGGGAACAGGAUCAGGCCAGAGCGAUGGCACAGGUCGUGCGUUGGCUCGAACGCGAAUUCUCGCAGAACGCAGUGGCGGCCACGUCCGGCCGAAGGCACGUUCACGAGCACAUACAUCAUCAUUAUCAUCACUAUCAUGCCGAGGCGUUGGUCUAAUUAGUAACGACAAGUAAAUUUGUUUUUUUUCUAAGCUUCUUGAAUCUGGAAAACGACGUAACACGAACACGACGUAAUAAAAAAAAUGUUUAGGAAGAAAUUUUUUUAAGGUGAUUUGUACUUUGACAUCGUGUGUCGUUUAAAUUUCGUUUGGCGUUUUAAUUGCGAGCUCUUGUAUCAAUUAUUUUAUUAGGAAAUCGUGUACUCCGACGUGUGAGUUAUUCAUUGAAUCUCCAGUUUGUUUUUGUGUAAACUAAUUUGUACAUACUACAUCACUCGAUUAUAUUUUUAAUUGUUAAUAUGAAGACGAAUAAUAGGCCGAUAUAUUAUCGCGUAUUUUUCUCGACAUAAAUCGAUUGAGUUUCUCCUGGGUAUUGCAAAAUGUGACAUUACAUUGCUCCGUAAAUUUCGAAACAUCGGUUAGAUAAAAUAGUAUUGUUUUUCUUAUCGCACUCUUUCAUAUUGCAAACAGAAAAGGGUACCGCAACUUGUCGAAAGUUACCGCGGAAGGCAUACGCAUUUGGCGUGAAUUGAACGUACUGAACACUAUUUGCGCAAGUUUCCUUGAGCAAAGAUAUAGUUACUAUAAAUCUCAGGCUUAUAAUAUAUCACGCUGCCGCAAUAUCGAAAUGUCUCACCCGAUUAUGGUUGCAAUUUGAUAAUGAAAUAUGUAUAAUAUGUUCGUGGACGCAUUUUUUGAAAUAGAAAUUGAGAAGCGAUGCAUGGAUUAUAGCGUGCUAUAGAACUACAUUACAGCUAAAUUACAUUCCUAGGCAGAAAGGGAAGAUAUACUCACGCAUUUUUUUCAUCCGAGCGCGGUGAAUUGCGAUUACCCAUCGUUGUACAUAGAAAAUAUCCCAAAGAGAAACCUUCCUUCAGUAUACAAGCUUAUGAUUAAGGGAAACAAGCGAUCUAGAAUCAUAAACUAUUAUUAAAAAAAAACAAAGUUCGACGCAUAAUCGAACUGUGUUGUAUCAAUGUUCCUGUAAUCAGAGGUUGAUAUAACUCUCUUUACCAAACGUAAUAUUCCUAGGAAACGCGGGUUUAAGUGUUUGUAUACCCGUAUAUUCGGCGAACGCACGGAAUUUUUUUCGGUAAAUGCUUAAAUCUCUUAUGUACAGGGUGUUUCACUUCUAUCGGAUAUUUAUGUGCUGUUAACAGAUUCUUCGGCUAUAUUGGAACAGAUUUUUCUUCGGCGAAAUAUCAGUGUACUUGGAAAAUUUUUAAAUCGUUCUGCCAUCAAUUUUCAGACUAAUAAUUGUGGUUAGGUAUAUACGAUUGAAACACAAUUAGAUAGUUGAACAAAAGGAAUAUAGAAACAUAAACAGGAACAACUGACCUUAUACAGCCGAAUUCUUUUUUAUUUAAUUCUGUGAAUCAUAGCUAUAGUAGUUUAUUAAUAAAAUUUUAUAUAAUUAAAAAUUCUUAUUUAUAUAAAAAUAUAUAAUGUUGAAACAUUCAGAGGUUACGAUUAAUGAUAAGUGAUCUGUCUACCUCGAUAUUUUUGCUGAAAAAUCUGUCAAAAAAUAUCUUAGAAAUGUUACAUCCUGCAUAUAUUUUACUAGUCCUUAUAUUAUUGACAAGUAAAGCUCUUAUUAUUCGCGAAGUAUAAUGGAUAUCAAGAAAGAGUGACAAUUGGGUUCUUACUAGUGCCUUGUAAUUUGUAACUCGUUUUCCACUUGCGAAUAUUAGUCCUUCUUUUGUAAAUCCUUUUCUUACUCAAUUUGUGAAUGCAAAUUGUUCCAUAUUCAAUAUAAAACUGUACUUCCAAACUUCGUUUUUCUACUGCAGUUUGCUGCAAAAAUUUCGAUCACUAUUAUAGUUGAAUGGCGUUUUUUUAUUGCUGAUAUUGUUAAUAUUGCGCAAUACACAUGUGUAAACGGAACCAUAAAAAUCGACAAUAUUUCUCAAUCGGGUAUCACGAUGAAGAGUAUUACAAUUACCUUCAGCGAUAACGAUUAAUAGUAAUACGAACUUUAAAUUAAUAUUAAGACUAGAUGCAUUGACAAAUGUUACUCAUAAGGAUCCUUGAUGAUGUUAUAUAUUGCGGGACUCUCGUAAUUUUAUAUAUAUUGAUAUUUGUAAUCCCUGUAGAUAUUUUUUCUGUAACUUUUCU